AUGAAACGACAUAGUCGUCCUUCCAUUCCGGCAUUUAUCGGCGCGCUAGUCGUGUUCAGCAUCCUGGCGGGCUUAGCACUGAAGAUGCUGGGAAUCACCCCAAACUCAGUUCUAUUUGCGCACACAACAUUGGAAGACUCGCAGUCUCCCUCCAACAUCACCUCAGAACAGGGCGGGUCUCCAGAGGUCGAUCCCGAGCUCGACGCUCUCCGUCACUUAGUCUCUCGAACCAAAGGGUUUUAUGCACGCGACUACAGCCUCUGGUUAGGCUGGAAUAAUAUGCGAUACAUCAUCGAGACAGCUGUUCUCCACGGACGUAUUCUAAACCGUACUACAAUCAUACCCUCUUACGUCUACGCUCGUGCCUGCGAAUUCGACAGCUCCGUGUGCGCUGCGUAUGCUACUAUGGUCAAUAGGGGGGACGCAACCGGAAAAGAUGAAUGGCGCCAACUCCCCGUAGAAAAACAAAUGGCCUGGAGAAUACCCGUGUCUCUCAUGUUCAACUUGACCCAUCUGCGUGAAACACAUGCAGUCAUCACAGUAUCUGAUUAUCUCCGCUUGCACAACAUUUCGGUCGAUGUGGAAACCACCAACGGACGUUGGGAUACCGAUUUAUAUCACCGCGGCAUCAACAUCUUCUCUGACAGCAAGGUGGAACCCAGCCUCUACGUUAUCAAGAAUGAGUGGUAUGACGCCGACGUUAUUCGGGUUGAUCAGCUGCCACAAACUAUGCGAGAGAGGGGGGGAUGGAACAUCACUCAUGGACAAGUCGGGUCCUGGGCUAUCGCAGAAAAAACCCCUCUAUCGAAGGCAUUGCAUGAUGCAAUGACAUCGGGCGCAUCGGUUCUUGAUUGGGACACUGUCCUCGUAGUCGUGGGAGAUAAUAAUGACCCGAUUGAGACUGAGUCAUCAUCGACAUCGGCUGGCGGUAUCGCAAGUGCAUUGGAAGAGAAUGGCUGGGAAGUGCUUUACACUUACGGCGGCAUCUGUGGCUCCGACGCAACGAAAGAUGUCGUGGUUCCAAUCCGAGAAGCAGCCCCGCGAAACCUACUGCGUGGACUGUACGAAGACUUUGGGUUCAUAGAGCAAGAUGUACUCCUCCUCCGAGGUGAGGUUCAUUCGGGACGGAAGCCGGGUGCCCUCAAUCGAGAGAGAUACACGCAAACAGUCCUGUAUGACUUUCGUCUCACAGACAAUGUGAUUGAGCUGGCGGAUCAGCUGUCUAACCGCAUGGUCGAGAAGGCUGGCGGACGGAUGUGGAUGGGAGCGCAUAUGCGACGGGGAGACUGUCAGUCCACAUAUUUCUCGAAUGCAUCGACGCUCACAGCAGGUAUUCUAGUUGCGACGUUGAAAUGGGCUAUGGAACCGAGUUUCACAGCUCAUCUCGCCCGGGUUAAGCGCCAUCUACGCGACGGACGUGAUAUCCUACAAUUUGUUCCUCCUGGUCAAGCUGAUCGCACGCCUCUACUUCUAGAUCCUCCCGCAGAUCAUGACCCAUUCUACAUUGCCACUGACGAACGCGAUCCCACGAAUCUUACAUACCUGCGUAGUCAAGGUGCCGUUUUGAUUUCGGACCUGCUAACGAUAGACGAUCGCCGAACCUUUGGAUGGUCUCUGAUGCUCACCGACGUCCUCAGUGUGGUCGAGCAGGCAACCCUUGCCCACGCAGCGUACUUCUAUGCUCAUGCAUACAGUUCGGUCGCCGGCGGUGUCGUGAAUCUUCGUGCCUCUCAUGGAGCCGAUCCACGAACUGCGUUGCUGGAGACUUGACAAGUUUGACGGAUUCCAGUAUACCAGAUUAGAUAUAAUAUAUUUGCUUGUAAUAGCAUUAAUGACUCGAGUAAUUUGUUAGAAUUAACGACGAACCAAUUAGGUAGCGGAUCAAAG